AUGAGCACAGCCUCCCUUUUCCCACGCGGAAUCAAAGCAUCUGGCUUGGCCAUCAAAGUAUUCCCUGGAGAGGAGAAACCUGCCGGAGCCAUCUCGCUCACCCAGCAGAAGAUAACACAUGAGGGGGCUCGGGGUGAGCUCGAGUUGGAAGACUCAGAAGAGGCACCAGAGCUCUACUGGCAACCCGGCCGUUUGCUUGGGCCUGAUGACCAGAAACGGGCUAUCAUUUCUCACGCCCCAACAUUCACCUCUCUCUCCAAUAUGGACCCCGAACUCCUAUCAGCAACUUCUCGUAGCCACACUGUGCGGUACGAUCGCCCAAGAGGCGUAGGCCUGGGAUGGGGAGAAUUCGAUCGCUUUCGCGAAUGGCAGCAAUUUGGGCGACAGGUCAGCAAGUCCAUGGUCAAAGAACAGGAAUGGCAAAGGUCAAACGGCGCAAUCGCCCUUUUCAGGUCCGAGAACGAGGAUGAAAUGUAUGUCAUCCCUACAUCUUGCAACGAAAUACAAUCGUUGAAAAGACCGAGACGUCUUGGCUCGAUGUGGAAGAGGCUGAAUAAGUCAACAAAGAAGGAGGAUAAAAAGAAGAAGAGGGAGAAGAAUGCAACAGUACCUGCUCUAUUCGAGAAGGCUUGA